AUGGCGGCGCCGACGAUGGAGGAGAGGAAGGCGUGCUGGGGUGCCCGGGACGAGUUCUGGCAGUGCCUGGACAGCCACGGGGAUGACGCCGCCAAGUGCGAGAAGCUGCGCCGGGCAUUCGAGUCGCGCUGCCCGCAGCAGUGGGUUAAACACUUUGACAAAAGAAGAGACUUUUUAAAAUAUAAAAAGAAGCUUGAAACAGAAGGGUAUCAUCCUCCAGAAGAUGCUGGAAAGUCUUAGGAACUCUGCUCUCAAAAUAAAUCAAGUGAAAGUAACUACAGAAGAAGCCAGAGAAAGCAACA